CUGUUUGCCUGACUUGCAUGGAGGCGUCAGCCGCUGAGCCCCCUUCUCUGCUCUGUCUCCCGCAGGCCCCCUGGUCUUCUCCUACGACUUGGCCACCGGGAUGGUGAAGCAGCGCUCCUGGCCGGCCGUGGCCAACUGCUCCUCCGCCGUGCGCUGGCUGGAGCGCUAUUACUGCUUCCAGGGCAUCCAGUUCUUGCGCUUCGACCCCGUCACGGGCGAGGUGCCCCCCAAGUACCCGCGGGGCCAGGACUACUUCAUGCGCUGCCCGGGAAGAGGCCACGGGCACGAGGCACAGGCCAAUGCCACCCUCCGGGCAGCCAUGGACCCCUGCAGCGGGGAGCCCUUCCAAGCCUUCUCCUCGGACGACUUGGGGCGCAUCUAUGCCUUCCGCGGGGGGCAGUAUCUCCGCGUGGACUCCUGGCGCGACGGCUGGCAUGCCUGGCCUCUCAGCCACACCUGGAAGGGCCUGGAGGGGGAUGUGGACGCCGCCUUCAGCUGGGAGGACAAAUUCUACCUGAUCCAGGGCUCUGAGGUCACCAUCUUCCGGGCCGGCUCUGGCUACAGCCGUGUGGAGGGCUACCCCCGGCCUCUGCAGGAAGAGCUGGGGCUGCCGGGCGUGGAUGCGGCCUUCACCUGCCCUCAGGCCAGCGACCUCUACGUCUUUCAAGGAAACUCCAUGAAGCUGGUGGACCUGCAGAGGAGCCCCCGCCUGCCAGGCCCAGCGCUGGCCACCCCCCACGACCACGUGGACAGCGCCUUCUGCACCGCCCAGGGGGUCUUCCUUUUCCAGGGGCCCAACUUCUACCACUAUAGGAGUGUGGACCAUCUCCUGGGGGCCCCGGGGCCCGUGCCUGCCCAGAACACGGCUGCGGAUGUUUUCUGGUGCCCCAUGGCAAGGGGCAAGGGGGCCCCCCCACGCCCCACUCCCCAGACAUGAAUAGCAGGGCCCCUUCCUCUGUGUGACUGCCAUAAAACUUAGGGAACAAGCUGUACUACCAAAAUGAUUAAGGUUUUAAAUGAUAAUUGUAGGUUAUAUUUUAGUGAUCAAGAUUUAAUAUAUGUUUUUAACUGCCGCUAUAUCUGAAUUAUCUCUCUUAUACCCAAUUGUAUCCUUGUUGUGUUUUAUGAUUUUCCUGAUAUUGUAAGUGACCCGGAACUGGUCUGUGACCGUAAUAAUAGAUUCUGAUUCAGGGCCCCUUCCUGCCCUGAGGUGACCCACCAGCUCCCACGCUCCCCCCCAGGAGCCCUGACCCACCUGCACCCAAUAAAAGCCUCUGCCUGGUG